UAUAUGUGCGCGCGAUGCGCGUGUGCGUGUGAUGCGGAUACAUAUAUCGGAAAGCGUCGUAUAAAUAAACGGCGAGUUUGUGGGCGAUAGCAUUCGCGGGUCCUGCUCGCAUUCAGUCGAUUUGUCUACGAUUCGGGUGACCAUCGCUUGCGUUAUUUUUCCGGUGCCCUUCAACCGAGGAGAUGUCAUCGCCUACACAAGUGAUUAAAAGUAUCGGGCCGAAAUUGGUACCGUUUUUUAAAAGCGUGUCAGUAUAUUUUGUAUUACUUGCGGAACAACCAUCUCUGCUGACGGCAUGUUUUAAAUGUUUACCGAUAAUAAGUCUUAUUGUUUUCAUUCUAUUGCAUGGGAUUAAUUUGUCCAAAGAAUACGCUUUUUCCAGACGUAUAUUAACAGGGUUGGUGUUUAGUUGUAUAGGCGACGCACUAUUAGUGUGGCCUAAUUGUUUCACUGCAGGCAUGUGUAUGUUUGCUAUGGCGCAAAUUAUGUAUAUAAUUGCAUUUGGAUUUAAACCCCUGAAUUUAACGCUUGGAGCGAUAUUGUACAUGAUUUGUUCAAUUGUCAUAUAUGCUUUAAUGCCUGGAUUAAAAGGAGUUUUAGCAAUAGGAGUGCCAAUUUAUACAGUAUUACUCACUACUAUGGCAUGGAGGGCGAUAUCAAGAGUACAAUUCUUUGGGGAGUUAUGGACAUGGACUAAAUUAUGCAGUUGUAUCGGAAGCAUUUGCUUUGUCAUAUCUGACACUUUGCUCGGAUUUCAUUACUUCCAUAGUCCAUUACCUUAUUCUCAGGUAUCUAUCAUGCUGACAUAUUACGCAGCGCAAUUAGGCAUAGCAUUGAGUGCAGUAGAUUCGAAAAACAACAGUAAUAACAGAGUACCUGUCAGUAAAGGCUGAAAUAUUCUUAGUUGUUAUCUAUUGGUAAGAGAGAAAGAAGAAAAAAACUCAUCUGCAGAUAUAAGAGAAAUUUUUUCACAUCUGCUUUAAAUUAUGUGCAUAAUUCCAGUAGGAAAUUAUUGUGAUAAUCGUUUUUGACUUAUUGAACAAAAUUAAUACAACUUCAAAGUUGUAUUAAUGAAAGAGACUCAGAGGAGUUUUAGUGAUAAUUGUACCUUUGACUAUAAACAUAGACUAGUAUUUCUCUCUUUUUUUUUUGUUAUUGAUGCAAUGCAAAGUGUCCUAGAGAUUUCAUACUAACCACAUUUGUGGUAUCUUAUUUUUUGUAUGUAUAAUAAAUUGUACAUAAAUUAAACAAAACAUAAUAUUAAGACCAAAUAGAAUAACAAAAAAAUAUUAGUCGUCUUUUAAAGAAAAAAAAAAAAACAAACAUGAUACUUCAUGUUUUUAACUAAAGUAGAAACAUUAUUUUAUAGUAUUGUUUCUGGAGACUGGAUUUUCAGAUGUAAGAGAUUAUUCCUAUUAAGAAAGAGUUUCUUAUUAUUUUUCUCAAUAUAUACUUGGCCAAAAUGCUAUUUGCGAUAUAUCUAACUUGGAAAUAUAUUAGAUUACUAUUAAAAAAAAAUGUAUACAUACAUUAUAUAAUGUUUGUAAUCUGUAUGUCAAUGUUAUCAUUCUUCAAUGUAAAUUAUCAUCUUAUGAAGAAUAAGUUGCAGUGUAACUAUAUAUAAAUUGUACUAUAAAAAAGAUGUUCUUUAUAUCUAUAUUAUACAUUACUAUGUAUAUACUAUGUUGCAUGAUGUAGUUAGUAUCUUUACUAUAAUGUAAAUUGUUAACACUGCCACUUCUUUUGGCAAAAUAGAGAUUGAGCAAUUGAUUUAUAAAUCCAACUAAUAUGUCUGACUAAUUAAUUUUUUUUAAAUUUUCUUUUAUAUAGUGAAAAUACUUUUAUUAACAUGAAAAGAGGAUUCCCCUCAAAAAUUAAAUUUUCACAUUAACAUAAUAUUCAUUUACUGUUCUACAGAACCUAUAUCAUUAGAUUGGAGAUGUUUAUAAAGUUGCUCGCUCUUUAUAUUUUUCACAAUGGCGAGUAUUGUAUAAAUUACACAUACUUUGGCUGUGCCAUAAUAGAGAAUUUAAAGAUA